AUGGAGCCGCCGGCCGCUAAGAGGAGGUGUUCCGGCCUGAGCCCCCGUUAUAAACCGGACUCCCUGCUGGAUCUCAGUGCUAAAAAAGUGGCCGAGACCUGGGCCUUCGAGCAGGUAGAAGAACGGUUUUCCAGGGUCCCCGAACCCGUCCAGAAACGGAUCGUCUUCUGGUCAUUCCCACGCAGCGAGAAGGAGAUCUGCAUGUACUCCUCGCUGGGGUACCACCCUCCAGAUGGCGAACGCGACUCUCGGGUGCCCUUUAACCGCGGCCUGCAGCUCUUCCAGUCCGGAGCGGUGCAGCGAGUGCUACAAGUCGGUUUUCACCUCAGUGGGUCAGUCACAGAAGCGGGGGAACCAGAGCGAACCUACCAAGUAUCCAUUAGCUUUGACAGAUGCAAGAUCACAUCGGUCAGCUGCGGCUGCGAGAACAGAGACAUUUUCUACUGCGCACACGUGGUGGCGCUGUCCCUCCAUCGCAUCCGACGGGCGCGAGGGGUGGAGCUGAGGCUUCCUAUCUCAGAGACUCUGUCCCAGAUGAACAGGGACCAGCUUCAAAAGUUUGUGCAGUACCUGAUCAGCGAACAUCAUACGGAAGUGCUGCCGACCGCCCAGCGAUUAGCUGAUGAGAUCCUUCAACUGGGAUCUGAGAUAAACAGAGUGCAUGGAGCCCCAGACCCCACUGCUGGCGCAGGUCGAGAGGAUGACAACUGUUGGCAUUUAGAUGAGGAACAAAUUCAGGAGCAAGUGAAGCAGCUUCUGUCCAAUGGAGGGUAUUAUGGAGCGAGUAAACAGCUGCAAUCUAUGUUCAAUAAGGUAAGGGAGAUGUUGAGAAUGCGAGACUCCAAUGGAGCACGCAUGCUCAUCUUGAUGACCGAACAGUUUUUGGAGGACCCCCGCCUUGCACUCUGGAGGCAGCAGGGAGCUGGCAUGACUGACAAAUGUAGGCAGCUAUGGGAUGAACUAGGUGCAUUGUGGGUAUGUGUGGUUCUCAGCCCACACUGCCGCCCAGAGGAGAGGGAGUCUUGGUUGCAGCUGCUCCGACGAUGGAACGCACUGGAUAUUUGUCCGUUGGAAGAGGGGAACUAUUCACUGGAUGGUCCAGGAACACAGACGAUGCCUCAGAGUUCAACUGCAGGACAAGCUCCCCCGUCACCCCGUCAGACCGUUUUUUGCCCGGGCUCUCAAGGCUGGAGAGCUGCGCUGGAAUGAUCCCCACCUACAGAAAGUGCUGAAUGGAGAGACUGCCACUCCAGGUGCUGGAGUGAAGAACACCACUGACAAGCUGUCCUAUGACCCGCAAGGACGUCCGUUAUGGCUAGGAGACCAUUUCCCUGUGGCCUGCGCUCGCGUUGACGCACUUCGGUCCCACGGGUAUCCGCAGCAGGCUCUGAGGCUGGCUGUCUCUGUGGUGAACACCAUGAGGCUUCAGCGACAACAUCAGAUGGAGGGAUUGAAACAGCAGAGAAAAGAGCUGCAGAUGAAAGGUAGCACCACUCUUACCAAUCUGGAGGGGUGGAUUGGCCACCCACUGGAUCCAAUUGGCUGUCUCUGCAGGACCUUCUUAGAAGCCAGUUUGCCCGAAGAUGAAGGACCAGCGCCCUUCCCAGAAAUAGGCGGGGAGCAGAGGAAGGUUAUGUACCAACAUGUCCCAGUUCUUGGAGGAUCCCAGUCUGGAGAGUCUCUGCUCUGCUUGGCACUGGAAGUGGCCCUCAUGGGCUUGGGGCAGCAACGAGCAAUGCCGGAGGGACUGUAUGCACAGGACAAGCUGGUGCGAAGUGAAGAACAGAUCAUAGGACUGCUGGGUACAUUAGAAAUGGGGGAGAGGCUGGUGCAAGUCCUGAGGAAGCAGGCGAUGCUGCUUUUAGAAGGUGGUCCAUUCAGUGGUUUUGGUGAGGUGAUCUAUAGAGAGAGCGUUCCCAUGCAUACAUUUGCUCGCUUCCUAUUUACGGCUUUACUUCCACAUGACUCUGACUUGGCCUAUCGAGUUGCUUUACGGGCUAUGAGGCUGCCUGUGCUGGAGUCAGUCCUUCCUCCUCAUGGCUCAGACAUCAUGCCAUUGGACUCCAUGCUGACCAGUCGCUUCCCCCGCUGGUUUAUUUUGGGCCAUCUGGAAACACGACAAUGCGAGCUAGCGUCAGCCAUGUUGACUACUGCCAAAGGAGAUCCUAAGUGGCUUCACACAGUCCUGGCCUCCAUCCAGCAGCACAUCCAUUCCCCAGCUCUGCUCUUCAAGCUGGCCCAGGACGCUUGUAAGACUGCAACACCCCCCAACUCUCCUCCUGACACCACCCUGCUGAACAUCUCUCUGGAGCUGGGAUUACAGGUUAUGAGGAUGACAUUGACCACUCUGACAUGGAGACGAAGGGAAAUGGUGCGUUGGCUGGUGUCGUGUGCCACAGAAAUUGGCGCACAGGCUCUGAUCAGCAUCAUGCAGAAUUGGUACACCCUCUUCACUCCCAUAGAAGCCACCAGUAUUGUUGCUGUGUCCUGCACGUCCCCGGCCACCCUCCUCCGUUUCAGCACAGACCCCAGACAACGAGAAGAACUCUGUUCAUGUGCCCGGGCACUGGCCCUGCAGUGCGCCAUGAAGGACCCGCAGAGCUGUGCACUGCCUGCGCUGACUCUGUGUGAAAAGGACCAUACAUCGUUUGAGGCAGCCUACCAAAUUGUAUUGGACAGUGCAAGCUCUGGCCCUGGUGCCCACUCUCACCUGUUUACCGUUGCCCGUUACAUGGAGCACCGUGGUCUGCCCAUGAGGGCGUUUACCCUUGCAACGCUGGCCCUAUCCAACCUAAACAUUGGCUUCAGCCAGGAUUCCCAUCCAGCAGUCAGCGACGUCCUGUGGGCUUGUUCCUUGGCACACUCUUUGGGUAAAGUGGAGCUGAGCACCGUGGUGCCCCUAGUCAUCAAAAGUGUACAGUGUGCCCCGGUCCUCUCUGACAUACUGCGCCGCUGUAGUCUGGCCCCUCCUGGCUUAGCCCAAUCUCUUUCUGCUGCUAAUGCCCCACGGGGUAGAGGAACAGGACCCCGGGCUGAUAAGCCACCCCUCUGCCAGCUUCUGGAAGCCGCCGUUGGAGCAUACAUCAGCACCACGCACUCCCGUCUUACACACAUCAGCCCGCGCCAUUAUGGAGAAUUUAUAGAGUUCCUGGCCAAGGCACGAGACACUUUCCUGUUGGCACCAGACGGGCAUCGGCAGUUUUCCCAGUUUCUGGAUAAUCUUAAGCAGACUUACAAGGGGAAGAAAAAAUUAAUGCUUUUGGUAAGAGAGAGAUUUGGCUGA